AUGACUAACCGACAGACUGUCAUUCUGGACGCCAGUCGUCAGCCCCGUACUUGCACCGGCGGCCUGAUUGACGCCUGCCACCGGCCUGAAGAAGAGGGCCCGUGCUGGUGGUGGCGUGGGCGGUGGCGGUGGCGGAGGGGGGUCCGUGACGAGGAGGCAGACGUCAGCGAACCACGCCUGCCGGACAUGUUUUUACUGCUCUUCUGCCGCAGCUACAGUCACCACGACGAAGAGCGUCCUCACUGCUGGGGCUAA